CUCAUAUAUGCGCUGUUACUUCGCCGACACUCGCCUUUCUCUGGCAGCCACACCCUCCCAUCUUCAUCUCCAUCUCUCACGCGUGCAGCUGUGACCGUCGGGCGGUGCGUGCGUCUCCGUGUCGGGCACCCGCAGCAUCAGCAACACAAAAGGGUCGGAGCUGGAGCUGGGUUUACCUCAGCGCGGAUCGGAAGGAGGGGAUCGCGUUUCCGAGCAAAGAGAGAAGGCGACAGGGCAAGUUCCAGCCGUUCAGACGACUGUUUGGGAAGAAGAAGAAAAGACAGGCGAGAGAAGGCUUUGAUGGAGCAGAGCUAAAAACCAGUUUUUCCACAGGGGAAGUGUGCAAUGGCGUUACAUCUGAUGAGGAGUCCGAUCAAAAUCUGAGGGAGUUGAAUCCCAUCGGAUCUCGAGCUCUCUCACACGACAGCAUCUUCAUUCCAGAGGAACCGGUGAAGGAGGCUGGUCUGGAUCACAGCAUGUCCCAGGAAAACGUGUCGGAUAAAGUUAGGAAUCUGCAGAGGCAGAUAGCACAAGGUAUAAAGUUUGGCCAAAGGCCUCCUUCUCUGAGAAGAAGUGAGGGAGAUGAGGGCAGCUCAGAUGAGGAAGAGGUUCCGCGUAGCCCUCUGAAAGUUUUGGCCCAGGUAGAAGCGGAGCCACCAGGAACAGAGCCAAAGCAGGUCCAGGGAGGUCAGCCAUUUGGACCACCCAGCCCCCCUGUGAAGUCUCCAAGGUCCAAACGAGUUCUUCCACUCACUGGCACGAUUGAGUCCAUCAACCUUGAUGCCGUCCCUCAGUCUGUUCCUCGCUUAGACAACGCUGCCGCCAAACAUAAACUCUCCGUCAAGCCGAAAAACCAGAGGAUUUCCCGCAAGCACAGACGAUUCACACAGGACCUCCAAGAGGUAUCCAUUCCUGGUUUGGUCCAAGAUGACCUCGAAGCAGCUGGCGUCUCCACAGACGACCAGCGUAGAGCGUCUGUUGAGUCCCUUGAAAGCUUCAAGAAACAAAGACUCCAUGAGGAGGAAAGACAGGAGGCGAGGAGGAUGAGAGAGCUUGAGGAGCUGAGGUUCAGACAGGAGGAAGAAGAGAGGAAGAGGAGAGCAGAGGAGCUGAGGCUGCGUGAACUGGAGGAGGAGAGAUGUCGUAUGCAACAGCAGGAAGAGGAAGCAAGGAGGCUGCGCGAGGAGGCAGAGAAAAAGAGGAUGGAGGAGGAGGAAAGGAGGAUCAGAGAGGAAGAGGAAGCAAGGAGACUGCUAGAGGAGGCAGAGAAAAAGAGAAUGGAGGAGGAAAGGAGGAUCAGAGAGGAGGAGGAAAGGAGGUUCAGAGAAGAAGAGGAAAGGAGGAUCAGAGAGGAGGAGGAAAGAAGGCAAGAGGAAGAGCGCAUGAGAAGGCUGGAUGAGGAAAGGAGGAUGCGAGAAGAGGAGGAGUGUCGGCAGCGGGAAGAAGAGGAAGAAAGGAGACGACUAGAAGAACAAUGGAGGAAAGAGGAAGAGGACAGGAAGAGGCAAGAGAAGGAGGAAAGGAGGAAACAUGAGGAAGAGGCAAGGAGGCAGCAGGAGCUUGAGGCUGAGAGGAGGAGGAAGCUGGUAGAAGAAGAGGAAAGAAAGAAAGAGGAGGAAGCAGAGAAACUGAGGUUGUGGGAAAUGGAAGAAAAGAAGAAAAAGGUAGCAGAGGAGAAGUGGAAAAAGGAGGAAGAGGAGCAAAGAAGGAUGUCAUUGGAGGAGGCUGAUGGGACGUUUGACCCACAAGAGAUGAAGAGGAGAGCUGAAGAGCUACGCUGGAGGGAAAUGGAGGAGAGACAGAGGCCAUUUACUUUUAAAGUGUCCUCUGGUGAGAAACAGAUUCUCUUCCAGAAGGUCAAUCUGACGCCUGUUACGCCGGCCUCCAGCCACCAGAGCGCUGCUGUCGCUUAUCAAAGAGAUGGAGCAAAGGCUUCCUCCUCUGAAGGACCAGACUCCCCCAACCUGCCAGCAUCUCCAUAUGUCCCCCAUACAGCCAUCCUAGUGACAGGCGCCCAGCUAUGUGGGACGGCUGUCAAUUUAGACCAGAUCAAAGACACCGCCUGCAAGUCCCUACUGGGUUUGGGAGAGGAUAGAAAGGCCCAAGGAACACCGCCAACAAAGAGCAAGACUUCCCCAGAACGCAAGUCUGGAAAAACCAAAUCACUCAAUGAGUCUGCGCUCUCUACCGAUCAGUCCAGUGCAGCUGUCCUGGCAGAAUGGGCAAGCAUCAGAUCAAAGAUAUUCAAGGGGGUAGAAGAGGGGAAGUACGGCGAGUACCCAGAGCCGAGCAGGAGCCAGUCUCAGUCCAGCGCUGAAGAACAGCCUUUGUUUGCUCACACGAACCUCAGGAAGACCAUGUCUGCUAGCGCCAAGUUCUCCAUCACCCCUGCAAGGAAGAAGUUUGGAGAUUCAAAUAGGAACUCUGAGGUGUUUGGUGCAGAAGAUAAGGAAGCAGGAGAGGAGGUUGCCCCACCUGGAAGCCCCACUGUAGCUUCUCCCUCUCCAUCAAGUAAACCUCAGAACAGGACAAGUAAAAGUGUCCGCAUCAUAGAAAGAGGGUCAGAUGAGUGUAUGUUUGCCAAAGACCUUCCUUCUUUCCUGGUUCCCAGUUCUGAAAUUCAAUCUGAAGAGGCAGAGUCGAAGAGCAGAGUUCAGAGUGAAACGGAGACAUCUGAAAGCAGAGUGGAGGGAGAGGAGCAGGGCCAGGACAGUGAGGAGAAGCCUUCUCCUUUUGGCAUAAAGCUGAGGAGGACCAACUACUCUCUGCGUUUUCACAGCGAGCAGUCCACAGAGAAAAAGAAGAAACGCUACAGUGCUGGGGACAGCUUUGAUGGCGUCCCCUCGCCUCUUACCCCCAUUGAGCCAGACUCUGAUGCCUCUUCUGUCUUUUCUGACAAAUCAAGCCCCACGUCACCUCAGAAAGAAGGCGCGGUCAGCAAGUAUUUACAUGCAUCUGCCUCUCCUGCCUUCCCACGGGGUAAACUGACUAAGUCUACCAGCCCGACUCCACACAGUGAGGGUGAGAAAGUGUUUUCCAAGCCACCGCUUUACCGCAGACCAGUGACAUCACCUAAGCCUACAGGUGCGGCCCCAACACCUCCUCCGUCACCGCUACCUAAGGUGGCUCAUGAGUCUCCCAGUGAUGAUUCAGUGGAGAGUACAAUGGGUGUGGAUUCAUCCAUCCAGGAGCAAGCCGGAAGGAGUGAGGAACCUUCAGCCCUGCUGCACAAGAGCAGCCAAAGUCAUGUCCAAGGGGAAGAAGAGCCGAAGGAGAAGAGAUCAUUCUUCCCCUCCAUUAACAUACCCUGGAGGGAAAAGGCAGACAGAAAGACAGAGCUCAUCAGGAAAGAAAAACCAUCCCUACAGAGCAGGCACUCACUGGACAGUGCGAGGGUCCAGGAGAAGGAGGCUGGACCUUUGUGGAUCACACUGGCUCUUCAGAAGCAGAAAGGCUUCAGGGAGCAGCAGCAGAACCGGGAGGAGCGUCGUAGCCAAAGAGAGGCCAAGCUGGCAGAAAAACAAGCUAAAGAGCGAGACAGUGUUACACUGGUGAGCCCCACAGACAGCAAAGGAAGUGGAAGCACCAGUCCUUCUUCUAAACCUCAGACGCCAGAGGAGCCCAAGAGACCGGAGAGCCUCCUGGGAAAAUUUGAACGCCGGGAGCACCUAAAGAAGGCCAACACUCUACCGAGCUCUGUCACUGUCGAGAUUGCGGACUCUACACCGUCGCCACCUGCUGUCAAAGAGGUGUCAAAGCGCUUCCCCUCCAGUGACUCUCCGCAGGUUUCCACAGAGCCGGCCUGGCUUGCUCUGGCCAAACGAAAGGCCAAAGCCUGGAGCGACUGUCCUCAGAUCAUCAAAUAACACCUCGAACCACCAGCUACACACGACACUCCGGCCUGCAUCAAGAGUGUACACUGCCCACAGACUCUGAAACACUUGGAGUGUCACCAUUAACUGUCCCCCCCCUCUGAGUACUCCACCUCUCACUUCUCACAAAUGAAAACUCUUCCCGACUGUGAAACCAGUAAAGCUCUCCAUCUCCUCCUAACCCCCCCACAUACACUGGCUGGUACUAUUAUCAUGUUAAAGUGCGCUUCACAUUCACUUAAUCCGAUACAGCCGCACAGAUAUAAACAAUUGAUGCGAGCAUGCACAUACUGUAUAAAAACAUAAAUUAUAUGUCUCUUAAACUCCUGCAGCCAAUCGCAACCAUGGUUGGCCACUGCAAUAGCCAACCUUUUUCUUUUUUUUUUUCCUUUUUUUUUUAAAUUGUGUAGCCAACUGUGUCACCAUGGUUGUAAAUAAAUCAUUUGCUCAACACAAUAUAACACUUCUGUAUUAUAGAGGUGAAGCUCUGAUCUAUGACAGUGUUUAAUCAACAGAGGGUAACUGUCUGCAUCAUGUUUUAAGGGCUACCAGUUUAAACUCAGCACGAACCUGCUUCCGGAAGUGUUACAGGCAUCCCCUCUGUCCUUCUUGGCGUUAUUUAUGUAAAGCAGCAGCUCUCCCUCUCCUGUGUCUUUUCUCUGAGCCUUGUUUUUCAUCUACAAGAGAUGCCUUUUUUUUAUUAACACAUACCGGAAAAUCUUAGCGUAACAAUUCUCACUGUGCCCGUGACGACUGUGAUAGCUGUCCAAGGAGCUAUUGUACAAUUUUGCCAUGAUUUAAAAAAAAGAAAGAAAAAGAAACAUGGUGGGUGCACCUAAACACAGCACUGAAGACCACAAGUGUUACUGGGCAUUUAUGGUGAACCUGCACCUCAUCCUCACAGCUGUGUGACGAUGUCAUUUGGAUUUUUUUAUUUUUAGGCUUCGCUUAUUGGAGACAGACGUGACACCUCCUAGCUGUAGACCUACGACUCUUAUAGCUGUCCUCCUGUAACACGCUCGUCUUAGUAGGCUUGCGCCAUCACUUUCUCUUAAAUGUGAUAUGAUCCUACAUAAUGUAAACAUUUCCUCUAUGAAGAA